AUGCACCACCGCGCACCACUCCCUGCUCGGCUCGCCGACCUGCCUCGCGCGCCCGCGGCGGCGGGCGUGCCCCGUCGUGCGCGCUGCCGUCGCCGUGGAGGCCGGUGCGCAGGCCAAGGUCUCCCUCAUCCGGAUUGGGACGCGUGGAAGGACAGUCCUCUUGCUCUUGCACAAGCCCACGAAACUCGAGAAAAACUGAAAGCCGCACACUCUGAGUUAGCUGAGGAGGGGGCUAUUGAGAUCGUCAUCAUAAAGACCACAGGAGACAUGAUCUUGGACAAACCCCUUGCAGAUAUUGGAGGAAAGGGUUUAUUCACCAAGGAGAUAGAUGACGCGCUCUUGCAAGGAAGGAUUGAUAUUGCUGUUCACUCUAUGAAAGAUGUUCCAACCUAUCUACCUGAAGGCACAAUAUUGCCCUGUAACCUACCACGAGAAGAUGUCAGAGAUGCAUUCAUAUGCUUGACUGCAAAUUCGCUUGCAGAGCUUCCUGCUGGCAGUGUUGUUGGAAGUGCUUCCCUGCGGAGACAAUCUCAGAUUCUCUACAGAUAUCCAUCACUGAAAGUAGUUAACUUCAGAGGAAAUGUUCAGACACGGUUAAGGAAACUCAAGGAAGGGGAUGUCUCUGCUACGUUGUUGGCACUGGCUGGAUUAAGGCGGCUAAAUAUGGCAGAAAAUGCAACAGCUGUAUUAUCAGUGGAAGAAAUGCUUCCAGCAGUUGCCCAAGGUGCGAUUGGAAUAGCUUGCCGAAGCAACGAUGACAAAAUGAUGGAGUAUCUAUCCUCGUUGAACCAUGAAGAUACCAGAUUAGCUGUUGCAUGUGAAAGAGAAUUCUUGGCAGUUCUUGAUGGUAACUGCCGAACUCCAAUUGCAGCCUAUGCUUACCGUGAUAAGGAUGGGAAUUGCUCAUUCCGGGGUCUAUUGGCUUCACCAGAUGGAUCUAAAGUAUUUGAGACAACAAGAAGUGGACCGUACUCUUUUGACGACAUGGUUGAGUUGGGCAAAGAUGCCGGUCAUGAGCUGAAGGCAAAGGCUGGGCCUGGCUUCUUUGAUAGCUUGCAAUGA